CCAACACCCUAAGCUGGUACCACCUGGCUUCACGCCCCGGGCCGAGUCUAACCCAGGCUCCCCAGGCCCCACCCGCUCGCCCACUCUCUCCUCUUCCGCGCUGGAAUCUGGUGACUAUUUCCAGCGGUCUCCGUCCAGGCGCCUGAACUUCACUGCUCUUUCCUGGAUUCUGUAAACAUCGGAGGGUCAGAACCCAAGCUCAGUGCUCCGUUGGUCACAGUCCUGGAGGAGGAGGAAAUGACACACAGACAGAUCCGCCUUACAGAUGCUGUAGAAGUCCGUGCAGAGUGUCACACAGAGCAUGGAGUUCUGGAGGUCAGCCAUCCAAAACCAGCUUCACCAAGCUAACGUCAAGGUGUUGGUAUUAAAAUGUCUGACGACGCCAGUGACACCUCAGCCACUGGAGACAAAGCAGAAAUUGCCAAGAUGCCUGAAGAGAGUGAAUUUUCACCCAAAGACACAGAAGCCCCCUGUGAUUCAGCUGUGAUUUCAAACGAGCCGACAGCAGCUGAUGCCAGAGGCGAUGGGCAUGAAAAUGCCACUGUCCAGGGUGCAGAGACCACUGACUCUGGGCACCCUGAGUGGCCCCAACACAGCAGUGUCAUGGAGUCCCCGCUCAAUGGAGAAGUGACUGAUGAUACGCUUGUUGAAUGCACUGACCCUGUGAGCCUCGAGGCAGAGCUCGGAUCGGAAAUACCCCUGAAAGAACAAAUUAAUCAGGCUGUGGAUUCACCUUCCCGUGGAGGAGGAUGGGCAGGCUGGGGCUCCUGGGGCAAAUCUCUGCUCUCAUCAGCAUCUGCUACAGUAGGUCAUGGAUUGACAGCAGUCAAGGAAAAGGCAGGGGCCACCCUGCGGAUUCAUAGUGUCAAUUCCAGCUCUCCGGAAGGGGCCCAAGCUGGUGCUGAAAAUGGAGUCCCUCAGAGUGUGGCCACAGAUCAGAGCCCUGCAGAAAGCCCACCCACUUCUCCUGCAUCCGGGUCUCGGGGCAUGCUGUCAGCCAUCACCCAUGUGGUUCAAAACACAGGUAAAAGUGUCUUAACGGGCGGUCUUGAUGCUUUGGAAUUCAUCGGUAAGAAAACCAUGACUGUCCUCGCAGAGAGUGACCCAGGCUUUAAGCGGACCAAGACGCUCAUGGAGAGAACCGUUUCCUUAUCGCAGAUGUUAAGGGAAGCCAAGGAGAAAGAGAAGGAGAGACUGGCCCAGCAGUUGACAGCCGAGAGGACUGCCCACUAUGGGAUGCUGUUUGAUGAGUAUCAAGGUUUGUCACACCUGGAAGCUCUGGAAAUUCUCUCCAACGAAAGUGAAAGCAAGGUUCAGUCAUUUUUAGCAUCCCUUGAUGGAGAGAAGCUGGAACUCUUAAAAAACGACCUGAUUUCCAUUAAAGACAUCUUUGCAGCCAAAGAAUUAGAGAGUGAAGAGAGUCAAGAAGAACAAGCCUCAGAGGAAAAGGGAGAAGAAUUUGCUAGCACGCUUACAGAACUUCUCUUUGAAUUACACGUCGCAGCCACGCCUGACAAGCUCAAUAAGGCCAUGAAGAAAGCACAUGACUGGGUAGAAGAAGAUGAGGCUACGGUGUCCAUAAAUAUGGCGGAACCGUCGGAGGAGAACACUGGAGAGGAAGAGACGGAAGAGAAACCAGAAAAUCCUGAAGAAGACAAAAAGGAAGAAAGGAGAACUAAGACAGUUGAGGAAGUGUAUAUGCUGUCCAUCGAAAGUCUGGCAGAAGUAACAGCACGCUGUAUCGAGCAGCUUCAUAAAGUAGCAGAAUUAAUUCUUCAUGGGCAAGAAGAGGAAAAACCAGCUCAGGACCAAGCAAGAGUUCUGAUAAAAUUAACUACUGCAAUGUGUAAAGAAGUGGCCUCCUUAUCAAAGAAGUUUAUGAAUUUUUUAACCACUGUUGGGAGCGACAAGAAGGCCGAGGUCCUUAACCCCAUGAUCAAUAGCGUCUUGUUAGAGGGCUGCAACAGCACCACGUACAUCCAGGAUGCCCUCCAGCUGCUGCUGCCCGUGCUGCAGGUCUCACACAUCCAGACGGCUGGCUCAGAAGCACAGCCAGGACCUGGCCAGACUCCAUCCAGUUAAAGAGGUGGGCAGGCCACAUGGCUUCGAGAUGUACCAGAUGUUUUCUCCACAUCUGGCCCCAGAUGCCCCUUGGAGGACUCCAGGAGCAAUUUUGCACGGACAGUAUGGAGAAUGCAAGUUGAAAGAAAGCAUCCUGUCUCUUACUGUAUAUGGUGGUUUUACAAGUAAUUGUGUUUUCUUUACGUUAAUUUAAAUUUACAUGGCUUUAUAUUGAUGCCCUUCAUUUGAAGUUCAUUCACCAGUAUUCAUUUCCGUUUUCCUGACCAAGCAUGCUAUAUUGAGAAAUUCACAGGUAGAUCCUAGACUUUUUUUUUAAUCCUUUAAUUUCCCACCUUUAACUUCCCGUUCUUUAUAGUAUUACUUUAAAUCAGUUCUUAUACUGAACUUAGUUUUGUUAUAUAAAUAUCAUAGGUAAAGAUAACACUAUUUACAGAUAUUACCUAUUAUGGUAAAAGAGAAACAAGUAUCUCUUUAAAGUAACUCAUUCUGAAAACAAGCUUUCAUUGAGCUCUACUGUGUGCUCACAAUAGGAAUAUGAUCUCAACCCAGUAAAGACAGACAUUCUGAGCAAUCUGUAUAUCCAACGUGGGGCUCAAACUCACAACCCUGAAAUCAAGAGUUACAUGCUCUACCAACUGAGCCAGCCAGAUGCCCUCAGAAGAUACUCUAAAAGAGGGUUUAUAAUAAUUCUUAAAAUGCUUAAAAAUACUAACAGAUUUUCUAAACCUUAAAAAAUUUGAAGAGUGAGGUAAUUUUUUUAAUGUUCUGCCCUUCGAUGUAUUAUUGUAUUUUUCCACACUCCUUGGACUUGUUGACCCCAAACUUGAUAUAUGGGGUGAAAAUAUAUUGGGGUACUUGGGUGGCUCAGUGGGUUAAGCUUCUGCCUUCGGCUUAGGGCCCUUGGAUCGAGUCCCACAUUGGGCUCUCUGCUAAGCAGGGAGCCUGCUUCCCCCUCUCUCUGUGCCUGCCUCUCUGCCUACUUGUGAUCUCUCUCUGUCAGAUAAAUAAAUAAAAUCUUAAAAAAAAAAAAGGAAAGAAAAUAUAUAUGAAAAGGGGGUGCUAGAGCAUAUUCAGUUUAAACUUGACUCAUUAUGACUAAGUACAUGAUGGUGUAAUUACAAAGCCUGGAAACAUUCAAAUAGAAAAUUAGAGGGAUCUCAACUCAGCAGACCCCCAAACUGUAUUUUUCAAUCUGAAGCAAGAUAGUCUGUAAAUACACAGACCACACUCAGCAAUGGUCAAUACCAUUAUUGUUUCUAAAAGGCAGAAAAUACUGAUAUGUGGGUUGACCGACUGGUAUACUGAUCCACGAGACCCCGCAGCCAAGAGAGACACUGUCAGUGGGUGCUUCUCCUGAGCUCGCCAAGUUCAUUCCUUCCUUCCAGGUGGGGGUUCAUAUAUGGCUCCCAUUUCAGACCCCUGUCAGCAUCCCUACAGCCCUCAUCACAAGAUGGCGCCCCACAUGGCUCUUUCCAAGUAAAGGAAGCUUGCACUUUCACAAGGGUAAAAAUCCUUCAUUGAUAUUUGCUUUUAUCCCCCUCAUGGAGUAGACUGCCUUUGUCCCAUACAGGCGAAGUGGGACUAUUUUAAUAUUAUCCUAUGUCUUGUUAGUCUUUGAUUCAUUUGCAUCCUGUAUUUCAUUAUUUCAUUUGUGUAUCUCCUAAAACAGCCCAGCCAAAGAGAAAACAUAAGAACAAUGAUUUACAAUCCAGAAAGGAACUCUCUGAGGAAUCCAUUAAAGUUGCUUUUUUCUUUUCUUGUUUUUUUUUUUUUUUUUUUUGUUCCUUCCUGCUUCUCAAUAAUGUGAAAUGUUUCUGACAUUAAGUCUAGGGAACAAUUAACUGAUGAAAAUGUUAACAUUUACCUCUUCGUAAAUUCUGGACAUACUAUGUCUAGAGCAGAGGAAAGGACUUAGAUUUACAAUUUCUUCACAUCAGAUUUUUUAGCAUCAAAUGGAUUUAUAGAUAUUAACUGGAAAUGUAAUAGGAAUGAAUAGUUUCAAAGGAGCUGGAUUUCCAGAAAUAGACUUUAAGCCCAACUGCACCCAUUUAGUUUAUAGCAACAUUUUUAAUCCUAAAAUGAAAUAGGAAUCCCUAGAAGAAUAAGAGAUAAUUAUCCUUUAAAAAUGUAGUUGGCCUUAUUUACAUUGCAUUUACAUAUGUUUUAAUGAUAGACUAGGAAAGAUGGCCAGGUAGAAACGUUGGCUGAGAGAUGAUUCCUGGGGCCUCACUCAGUGGCCUGUGGAUUACAUUAUUUAAGAGAGAAUAAUCACUUAAAAUAUAUCCACCCUCCAGGAUUGCUCUCUUUCAAAGCCGGUUUUCAUGUUCCCUUUUAAAUAAUUGCUUCUUUGCUUUGCUUUAAAACCUAGCAAAGCCCACGAUCCCGAUAUGGGCAAAUGUCAAUCACUUACUGAAUGAAUGAUUUAGCAGGCUUACUUUGGAAGUUUUGUAUUCCUUCAAUAAUCCUUUACAUAAAUUGGGUUCAUUCUACUCUAUGCAAUUACCCUGAACAAGUGUACCAGCUUUUUUUUCUUACAUCAAGUGCAAAAUAAGUUCUAGUCUAAAUAAUGGAUAUGGUCCUGUGUCUGUGCCUUAUUAAAUAAAAAAACAUCAAAAGUGUAUUUCCAAUUCAAAGCAAAAUGCGUCCCAGAAAAAUUGCUUUGGGGCAUUGAUACAUACAGCUCUAAACGGUAAAAUGGAGUCCCAAAUCUUAAAGCAGAGGCCUAAGCUUAAAUAGUCUAUCCCACUGAGAACAGAAUUCUGUCUUCUCUCCGGGUCUCACACUGGGCUGCACGUCAAGGUCAUGAGUAGUGGGACCAGGUGACAGGAGCCUUGGCAACACCAGCUAAGGAACCAUGGACCCCAGCAGCAGAGCUCAAAGGGGAUGGAGAAGCAUCAGCUUUGGGUGGGCUAAAGAAAAGGGCUAAGAUAAGGGUAGGAGAUGGAAUGCAGAAAUGAGAGCGUUUUCUAGGCUUUGCAGAAGUCAGCUGACCCAGGAGCUCACCCAUGGGGAAGUCAGCCUUCACAUGCUGGCCAAGCUGCAUUAAGUUAGAUACCAAAGUGGGCAGAUUUCAAUCAAAGCCAUCCCAGAGGUCUUGGAAUUAUGUCUUAGGGAAGUAAUUUAGCAAAAAUGUAAAAUAAAUAUACUUCUGUUCUUUCCUAAAAAUAUGUAUAUAUAAUAUAUAUAGAGAGAGAUGACAGAUGGAUAGAUAGAUGAUAGAUAGACAGACAGAUGGAUAGACAGAUAGAUGAUAAAGUAUGCUGAACAGAUGGACUGGGUCAUAAUACAUGAUUUCAAUCCACGUUUCAUUUUACAAGAGCGAUUUUUCUUUAGCAUCAAGCUAAUUUUUGUAAUGUGAAAAGUGCCCUUUGAUCUUCCUUUUAAGCAUGCCCUACAUUCUGAUAACUCAGAUCCAGGCUUCACUUUGGUUUCUUAAAUGACUGUGUUUGUGAAGGCACAUCAGAAGAGAUCAUACUGAAAAUCUGUUUCACAACUGCCAUUUUGCCUUGUUUUUCUGGUUGAUUAGAAUUCAAAAAGCCAUAGGAGUGGAUCCAGACCAGUCACCCUUCCUUCACAUGAAAAGAAAAAAAAAAAAUCACGUGGUUCACCAUUUGUUUUGUUCUUCUAGAUAUCUUAUAACUCAUUCAGGUUCGUGCUCAUUUUCUCUAUGUUCGCCCAUCAUCAAUCCCGAGGAGCCAUAUCUGCUAUUAAACAAAUCUGAGGAAAAGACAUCAUUCUGUUCCUUCUGUGUUUGCUUGGAUCUGAAAAUAAUGAGUUAUCCCAUCCUUUGAGCAUCUUACCUUUAGCAAAUGACUAAAUCAUUACAACCCAAUGGUAAGAAGCGCGUUGAUGGUGUUUCUGAUGUUUCUUGCAUCUGGGGUCAUCAUCAGCGGGGUCCGGAAGAUGAUUACAGUUAGAAUUUUGCGUUGGGAUUUAAACCCCAUUUCCCUGUGCGUGGAUCAGAGAAGAUUUUCCUCUGCAUGAGUUGUCAGCCAAAAAGCAAUGGGAUUAUGUCUGCCUGUGGUCACUGCUGACUCACUUGACAGGCCUGUCUCUUCUAUUAGUCUCAGGGGAAUGCUAGACCACGAAAGAAUGAUAUGUACAUUUUUUAUAUGCCUUCCCUGAGAGCAGAAUUUAGGGUGAUUUGGAGAUGAUCUGUCUCCCUGCCCUGGGUUUCACCACGGGGCUCCUGGAGCUGCCUUUUGGAGGAAAAAGCCGGCAGAGACGCCAAGGCCAGAUGGAUGGAACCUUGGCAAAAAGCAAAGCUAAGCCUCUGCUUUUGAGUCCUUGCCAUCUUAUCCUUUUUCUCUCUCAGGAUUUUUUUUUUUUUUUUUUUUUUUUUGGACAGCUAGUAAUUGCCUCUCUUUCAGGAUCAGACUUUACAUUCCUGCUUCUCCUCUCCAUAGCUUUUCUUCCGUUCCCCCCUUUUUUUUCCCGAUCAUACUACCCUUUCCCCGGUAUCUCCUCAGAAAACAAUCCAUCCAGAAGAUUUCAAUAAUAAUAAUUAAUAUGUAUUUACUAUGUACCAGACACUGUGCUGAGUGUUUUAUAAACUUUGUCCCAGUUCAUGUCCAUAAUUACGCUAUUAGGUAGAUAUUAUUACAAUUUCCACCGCACAAAUGAGAACCCUGAGACCCAGAGAAAUGAUAUAAUUCAUCCAAUGUUACACAACUAGUGAAAUGAGCCAGGAUUCAAACCCGGGGCAGUCUGGCCUGACCAGCCAGCGUAUUUUAAAGUACGAUACACAGCCUCCAAACAAAAAAGAGACGUCAUGUGUUAUUCUUAGACAACUGAACACUUGUAUGUUUAGCUCUCUUUACACGGUGAGGUGGAUUUGUAGCUGAAAGAUUUGGUUGUCAGCUUUGGUUGUUUCCACACAACUGAGAACAAACUGGGACUAGAGAGACACGGAAUGAAGCCAUGCAAGGUCACCCCUGGAUUACGCUCACCCCAGGCUAGCCACAUCUUGUCAUCACAGACAUUUACAUCAAGCAGCUUCCUGGCUCUCAACCCAGCCUCCCGUCUCACAGGUGCCUUUGAUCACACCUAAAAUGGCUCCAUUUCCUCCUCCUGCCCUGCCCCCUUCCCUGGUGCCAGGGAAACCCAUUUGUAAAUCACCGCCCUUCCUGAAAAUCCUUAACCCUCUAGUCCCUGCCUGGAGCACAGGGAUCUUUUAAAAUAUUUUCCUUGCCUCUAGGCAGCCAUUUAGUUGAAUAUUCAGUACCAGGCAUUGUGAGUUACCAAUAAAUGUCUUCAAGAUGAACUAAAUAAUGCCUUCUUGUCUCUGACCUUGGUGCUGUUCCCUGUGAAACCCCAACAGUAAUGACGGUGGUGGUGGUGGCAUUCUUACUUAUUGAGAAAUCAUUAUUUUCCAAACACUGUACCCUCGUGACCUCAUUUAAUCCCCAAUGUCAAUCUUACAAGAUAGCUACUGUUAUCAUACCCAUUUUACAGGUGGUAAAAAUGAAGCUCAGGGAGAUUAAGUAAUCUCUAUGUUUAACCAAUGAAUAACUGGAAGACCUAGGAUUAAUGUCCAGGCAGUAUAUAAAAUACCAGACAGAGCCCACGGACAAGCAGAUUCCUGGUCAUAAAAAGGACAUUUUCCCUUGGGUUGAGUCCUCCUCCAGUUAAUACGUGGGCUCUCCUCUUCCUAUCUUGUGGCUUCAGGCAGAGAUAAAUUGUUCCACAAAUCUCCCUGUCAGAAGCCUAACCACAUUUUUCCUGCUGAUGCUUCUGAUCCCAAGAGAAGGGGGGCAACCUAUAAUCCCAUUCUCUCUCAUGUUGAAUGACCCAUUUCUCACUGAAAACAAUGAUUGCGUUUUUUGACACUUCUGCAGGAAAGCUCUAGUCUGCUAUCUUUGCAAAAAAAAAAAAAAAAAAAAAAAAAAAUCCCAUGGCUAGGAAAUGUGAUAAAGGACAAGAAACCAGAUGAUGAACUGCCUGGCAGAAAGACUUCGGCCAUUUCUGUCAGAAAGAAUUAUUUGGUCCUAGAGGGCAUCUCCGUCAGGGAUGUGUGGGAUACUUUUGUUUCUGGAAGAAUCACAGCUCCCCCCCUCACUUCUUCCAGGUCUUUAUUCAAAAGGCACCUUCUCGAUGAGGUCUCUCCAUGUCAAACAACAACUUUCCCAAUAUUUCAUAUUCCCUCUCCCUGCUGUUUUUUUCUCCUUAGGAUGUAUCACUAGCUAACAUCCUGUGUAUCUUACUUGUCUAUUAUCUGUCUCUUGCACUAGGAUGUAAAUUCCACAAGUCAGAGAUUUUUUUUUGUCUGUUACCAUGUGCUCAGCACCCAAUUCUGUUGCCAGGCGCAUAGUAGGUGAUCAGUAAUUAUUUGUCGAAUGAAAAAAUACAUCAAAGUAUUAAGUGUACAGUCUGUGAAUACUGAAUGAGUGGAUGGAAACAGCCAUAUUAUAGAGCAAUUAAUGAGAAAAUGUCUGGUUGAGUUAUAUUAUGAAAUGCUAACUACAGAAGUAAUUGUGUACAUUUUAAUGGUAUUUGAUGUUGUAAGACAAACAGAUAUGAUUUGGAGGCUGAGAAAUAUAGAAACAUAUUUUUCCAUUAGAAUGAAUGGAAUUACAUUUUUUACUUAGAAGAAUUGAUGAGCGAUUUUUCAAGACUCUUCAUCAAGCAGGGGUAGAUUGUGGUGAAAAAUUAAAACCGCCUAAGUAAGUACUAUAGGUAUACCAAUACUGUGGAAUAGUAUGCAACAGCUAAAAAGAAUACAAGGAAUGUGUCUUAGUCAUUUUGUGUUGGUGUAACAAUAUAGCAUAGACUUGGUGGCUUAAAGAAUAAACAUUUAUUUCUGCAGUUGUGGAGGUUUGGAAGUCCAAGAUCAAGGUGCUGGCAGAUCCAGUGUCUGGUGAGAGCUGGUAACAAGUUUGCAGAUGACUGUCUUCUCACUGCUCUCUUGCAUCUCUUCUUAUAAGCACAUUAAUCCCACUCAUGAAGGUUCCCCUCUUAUGACCCAGUUACCUCCCAAAGACCCUAUCUCCAGAUAUCAUCACACCAGGGGUUAGGCUGAAUUCUGGGGGGCGCAAAUAUUCAGUCCACAGCAGGAUGGAACAGAUCUCUGUACCAACAGAUCUCCAAAAUGUAUUAUUGAGUGAAAAAAAGAAAUUCACAGUAUGGUGGUACUUGUAGAAUGUUUAUCUAAAAUAACACAGGCAUACACACUCAAGAUACACUACACACACACACACACACACACACACACACUAUACCCCUAGAAGAAGAUCUAGAAAGAUACACAUAUAACUACCAAAAAUGCUAUGACCAGGGGUGGAAAGUGUUGUGAUAAGGUAGAGGAUUUGACAUAGUAAUCAAAGGGAACUCCAGUGUUAUUUGUAAUAAUUAAACAUUUUAAUAAUGAAAUUGUAUUAAUAGAUGACUUAUGUAACAAAAUUUUUAAAAAUCAAAACAAGAAGCAAGGUGCCUGGGUGGCUCAGUUGGUUAAGUGUUCAACUCUUACUUUUUGGGUCAGGUCAUGAUCUCAGGGUUGUGAGAUUGAGCACUGCAUCGGGCUCUAAACUGAGCACAGAGCCUGGUUGAGAUUCUCUCUCCCCCCCUCCCUCUGCCCCUCCCCAACUAAAGAAAAUUAAAACAAGAAGCAAAAGAAAAAUCCUUCUGAUCAAGGAGAUAAGGGAAGAGGGACCUAUCAGUGACUUAAAAUGUAAAAGACACAAAUUAUUUUUAAAUAGAAGCAUCAGAAGGGUGAAUGAGGGCCUCUUCGUGAUAUGGAUUUCUUCAGCAUCAAUAUUCCUAUAGGGUUCUAAGACAAGUCUGGUGACUAUAUGAAUCUCUUUUCGCUUUCCUCAGAGAAGCCCAAGUCAAGUAUUCCAAAUGCAUAGUUUGUAAAGACUGUGAUGAUGUAAACAGAAAAAUUUGUCAUUUCCAUCUCAUUGGAGAUGGACUCUAACUUUCUUAGCCAGAUAGUCUCUGUAAUCUUCCUACUAAACCCAAAUAGCUCUGAGAUACAUAAUGGCAACAGAAGCAAUUUCAGAAACUUCUGGAGGGAAACACUACACAAAUAAAUGAGUCUGUGGUUCAGAGUUAUUAGCUUGAUGCCCAAAUGCAUAUCAUAUUUGCGAGAAGCAGUUUACAAUCUGCUCUUCUUGACAAAUGUAGCACAAGGGGAUUUAAAUCCCUGCAUUUGCAAUUUCUGUCUCUCCUCCAAAUUUAUGGCAAAACUGUAGACACGAAUAAUGUGUCAGGGUUGAAUGAAUUGAGGUCUCUGCUCUCCUCCUACAGUUCCAUUUCACUCAAAGGAGAGUAAUAAACGGAAAACAGAGGAAGCUCUCAGUGGAUAACGAAUCUGAGUCCUAAUGACCUUCCUGACUACAAAAUGGAUUUGUAAUUUAUUUGGCAUUGCCCAAACUAUAUGGUGCCGGUAAUGAGGUGUGAAAACAUUUUGGCCACUUUGGGCCACAACUGUACAUUUUAAGCAUUUCCUCAACAAUUCAUGAAGGCUCAGAACUACCUUUCCCUAGCAAGGUAAAAAUUAUCCAUCAGUGGUAAUGAAAGGCUUGUUUCCACCCUGCCCUGGACAUUCAUUGCCUUCAUGGGGUUGUGAUUGAUUAUUAAGGAGUCUUGAUUGUCCUGCAGCCCCUGGGACCAUAGUAUGACCAUUUAUGUAAGAUAUGGGUGUUACGAGCCAAUGCUUGGUAUCCCACAUCUCUCUUUCCUUUAAAACCACUUGGUCUUUAGCAAGGAAUGUGAAGACUCACACUUACUCAAGCAACGUCAUGUGCAAAUUAGCAUGUUUGCUUGCUGAGUAGUACUGAGUCUGUCACCUGGCUGGUCAUCUCCACCUGCAUUUGCUGCGAAGGCAGCAGUUGGUCAGUCAUUGUUAGGUCGCGGAUAUCUAAAGAGAAUAAAACACAUCACAUGGGCUGAAAUUAGUUAGCUUAAUAAAGUCCUCCAUGUUUUGCAUCCAAAUGUUGCCCUUUUGCGUCUUUGAGGCAGUCAUUCUUUUUCUUAACCAGAGCUAAAACCAAAACAAAUCAUGAGAUAAAGAGAAUGUCUAUUGGUUUUCAGGGUAUAGGUGUAUAGGAAUGGUACAGGGUAUAGGAAUGAAGGGUAUACUUAUAUAAGUAUAAGUCUGGUGAGAGCUGGUAACAAGGGUAUAAGUAUAUCCUUCAUUCAUUCAAUCAUCCAUCCAUUCAUCUAUCUAUCCAGUAGGUCCACAACAUUUAUUGAUAAAAUAAAAUCAGGCUCAAUUUGAAAUUCACUCUGCCCUUCUCCCAUCCUAAAUUAGGUAAAUUAGUUUGAGCCAAGAAAUCCAGUAGGUAUAUCCUUGGUUUCUGUAAACAUUCACCUGUAUGCUAAUGCCACCCAAAUUUCUACCUGGAACCCUGACAUCACUCCUAAAUUCUAACCAGAAUUGCCUUCCUGCCAGACAUCUGUACAUCAGUAUUUGAAUAUACCACUAAAUGUAAUCUGAACACAUCCAAAUUGAAUCCAUCAUCUUACCUUCUCCUCCUACAUUCUCUGUUGGAUGCACAGUGUUACUUCUGCCAGCAGCCUAGCUGUCACCCUAGGCUGCUGCUUUUCUUUACCAUCAAUAUCAGAUCAGUUGCCAAGUGCUAUCACUUACUUCUUUGUAUAUCUCCCUCCACCUCAUUGCCUCAGUCUUGUUUCACUUUCUUCUUAUCCGUUCUAUGGACUAGUGUGAUAGAUAUUGAAGGGUAACAGAAUAUGGUGCCCCCGUAUAUGAUUGUAGGAGCUCAGGAUGUGCCACACCAAAAUAUGCUGCUUUGGUAUGUUGAUUAUUUUGAGCUAGGCACUUGAAAAAGAGUAAAUGCAGGGAAAGGUGUUCUCUGCACUCUCUUAUCUGCCUAAAAACAGAACCCCAAAAAGGAACUAACUUGUCAUAAAUCCCUUCCCCUGGAAUUUCAUCAACCAGAGAAUAUUGAUUCUUGUUACUGAAGAGACUAGAAGUGACAGACAGACUUCGUCACAACCUAUCAUACUUCCCAUCUGUUCUUCUCAGGGCCCACUCAUCUUUCCUAAAAAUCAUUUACUUUCCCCAAAGAGGCCUAUAUCACCUUCUCCUUUCCCUACUAACAUGGCAUAUAAGCCUGAAUUCGAAGCCACCUCUUCGAGUUACUCCUUUUCCCCUGGGUAUCUCUAAUGUUACAUACGGUUACAAAUUAAUAAACUUCCUUUUGUUUUUCUCUUGUUACUCUGACUUUUAUUACAAAAGUCUCAGCUAAGAACUCAGAAAGGUAGAGGGGAAAUUAUUUAUCCUCCUCCAUAACACCAACCUGAUGUCAGGACAGAUCCCAGCCCCCUCCAAGGAGGUGGUGUCAGUACGGACUCUCUGAGAGUGCAAGUCUGGUUAUUGCCCUGAUUAAAACCUUCACUGGCUGGCCUCAGCAUUCUGGAAAACAUCCAAACAAAAACCUUUACAGUCUGAUCCUUCGUUUUCCAGCACUUUAAUCAGUUCCUCACCAACUCAAGGGUCUAAUUCACAGAGAUUCUUGUGGGCAGCUCCUGGCACCAUGCCCUCUCUUACUUCUAUGUAGAGGCAAUUGAACAUAGCAACUAUAGCAACUGCCACUGUGCAUUGACUGGAGCCUAUGAAGGAUCCUCAUGGAUUGAAGUAUUGAACAGUACUGAUGACAUCAUAGAACAACGCAUUCCAAAAUCAGUAUAGCACCAUUAGCACAAAAGAAAAUGUCCUUUAAUGGAAUUGCUUUUUGCCUGAAUUUUUAAAAUUUGGCUGUAGUAUAACCCCAAAAGUGGGAUAAAACUCCAUAAAUCCUCCAGUGUCUCAGUCUUUUCUUACUGCAAUGACUCAAAAACUGGAAUUUAGGGAUAACUGAGAAGGGGAAAAAAAUUCCUGCAAAGUAUGUUCAACCAUUAAUAAGCGCCCCCCCCAAAACACACCCAGCUUUUUUCAGCUGCAGGAACUUCCCAAACCUUGUGCACUGGAACUCUCUAAAAGGGGAUUUAUGGUGCAGCUUUUCUCCAGGUUGGACAGGGAAGCCUUGUUCGGGAGCACCAGUUAACAGCACCCUGCAGUGGUGCUCCUCUGAUUGCAAUCUGUCCUCCCUCUAUUCCAAUAUCCUUUGCUAUAAUAAAUCAUCUUUCAGUUGUGCUGUAGCAUUUACCUGCUUAAUCUUUAAUUGGUUAAGCAGUUACAAGCUCAAAUUAUAUAGUAUGGAAAAUAUCACAAUAGAUCACAGUAUUGUCAAUUUCCCCUGCAAACUCUGACAUUCCGAAGCUUAACAAAGCCCAUCUCUGUCACACAUUAAUUACCGCAAUGUCCUUGAAAUAGAGAAUAGCAUAGUUAUUACUAUUUGCAAAGAAAGCAUACUUCUAUCUCCUGCAUGUCAGCCUGUGUGUGUGUGUGUGUGUGUGUGUGUGUGUGUGAAAAACAUGUAGAUCUUAAAGUAGGGCCCCUUUUCUGUCCAUCAUUACCCAAGUGCCUUUAUAUGUUUUCCUUCCACCCUGGCCAACUUAUCCUUCUCCAGGAAGUCUUCCCUCACUUCUGUCUUCCUUCUUCAUUUACGUGCCCCUUGUCUGAGUUCCCAUAGCACUCUCUUCAUUAAGUCCACAAACACUAAUUGGCUAAUUUCCAGUUCAGGCGUCUGGUUUGGUACUGGAUUUUCAAAGAUGGAUGAAACCAGUUCCUCAAGGGAUUAAGCCCCAGCCCAGUCCUUUCCAGGCUGCAUUGUAACUGUUUAGGUUAUCUGUCUCGGCUAUGGGACUGUGUCUGGAAUAAGGUAGCUGUUAUAUUAACAAAUGGAUGAAUAACUAAAAGACCUCCACAUCAGCAAUAUGUUAAUAAUCAAAAGGGAGCCUGUCCAAAGCUUUAAUGGGUAAUGUACUCCAAUUAAAUUUCAUUGAAAAAACUGCUAAUAAAAAUUAAGUCUGGGUGCUGAGAUAGUAGGGGAGGUUCCACACCACUCAAAUAUUGUAGUGGUAUUAAUUAAACGGGAAUUUAAUUAAUUAAAGCCAGAAUCUCAAACACUGGCUUAUUUAGGGCACUGGUAGGCCAAGCUGGGUCCCAGGGCUCAUACAACUGGUUUCCAAGAGUGCAGAAUACUACCCUCUCCCUAUUACUCCUCCACCACUUCACAUCCCCUUCAAAUGAGCACAUUGUAUAGAAUAUGGCCUAUGAUUUCUGUCUCUGAUGGAAUUUCUGGCACUAAAACAUGCCAUUGAAAAAGAUCCUUUUUGCUCACAUUAAUCUAAUUGUUCUGUAAAAAAGGCAGUAAUUACUGAAUAAUGGAGAACUUUUCUUCUAGCAUUAGUCUGUUAUUUAGAUAGCUAGAAUAAAAUAGAAAGUUUAUAAAAUUUUUUACUGAAUUAUUUUUCUAUUGAAUUUUUUUCUACUGAAUUUUUCACUCUGAAUAAAGAAUAAAAUAAGAAAAAAAAAACCUUACUAUGAUGUAAUGAUUAAGCCCUGUUGGUUGUUUAGACAUAAUGAAACUUUGUUAUGGUACACUGUUUAAAAAUAAAAUCUUGAUUGUCUGUUUGCUAAAAUUGGGAGGGGAAUAGAGAUGAUUUCCGGUCUCUGUAUAACAAAUUUCAAGUCAAAAAAUGUGUUUUGGAAACCAGUAGCAGAAAGGGAUGGUCUAGGUACUUGAUUCACUGCCUUUCUUUAUCAAUAUUUGGGUGUUUUUGCAUUGUCUUUACUAUCUCUCCCCAUAGGGAUCAUGAGAUGAGUGAAAAGAUUUUAACUCUUUUAAGUAAUUGAUUAAAGUUAUUUGUUGAGACUGUUUGAUGAAGAGCCGAAAGCUUCUUUCUGUGCAACUCUUCUCACAGCCACCAAAUAAUUCAGUUCUGUGGAAGUACUUUGAUACAUGUGUAGACACAGGAGAAGCAUUUGCACCAUAGCAGUUCUUGUGGUAGAGUAUUGUUUGUAGUGUACCCUCCAAGCAUUGUUGAAACACAGAGAUUCAUGAUACAGAACCCCUGUUAGAAGUGUUUAUGAAAGUCAUUUGUCUGUUUUGGACAACUUUUUUCCUAAGGAAAAGAAACUACUCUUCCCUAAAAAAGAGAUGAUUAAGGUGCAACAGACUAGAAGGUUAAGAGCAUUUAGCUUGAAACCUAGACUACCUGGGUUCAAAUCUCAACUCUGCCACUUAUUUUUAUAAAGUUUUUUAAAAAGAUUUAUUUAUUUAUUUAUUUAUUUAUUUGAGAGAGAGAGAGAGAAUGAGGGAGAGGGAGAAGGAGAGAGAAUCUCAAGCAGAUUCCAUGUUGAGUGUGGAGCCUGAGGCAGGAUUCAAUCCCAGAACCCUAAAAUCACCACCUGAGCCUAAACCAAGUCAGAGACUUAAUCCACCACAGGCUCCCCUCAACUCUGCUACUUAAUAGCUGCGUGGCCUUGAGUAAGUUACUUAACCUCUCUUUGCCUUAGUUUUUUUCACUUGUAAAUCAGGGUGAUUAACUAUAGUCCUUACCUCCUGAUCCAAUACUAGUCUUUAGGGAUCAUUGGGAAGGAAAAGAAUUUUCAUGAGAGCUAUGUUUAACCAUUAGUAAACCAUGGACAUGGAAACGUUUUAGUUUGUUACUACACGUUGGAUCUCUCCAAAAGGGGCCUAGGAGGUACAGUUGUGAGUGUUAUGAGACAAAACCAAUGAAUUAAUCCCUGCCAGGUACUUACAAUAGUGGCUGGCAUGUAAUUAGUGCUACAGUCGCUCCCCCUUAUCCAGGGUUCCAUUUUCCUUGGGAUCAGUUACCAGUGGUCUGGAGACAGGAUCUUCCUGAAGAAUCAGCAUAAGGUCAAAAGUAACCCAACACUACAUCACAAGGCCUAAGUCGUUCAUGUCACUUCAUCUCAUCAAGAAGGCAUUUUGUCAUCUCCCACCACCACAAGAAGAAAGAGUGAAACAAUGAUUGGCCUGCUGGCAUUAUGUACAGCCCAAGCCCAGGAAGCAGCCAAGGGAUGAGCUGACAUCUCAGGGGCACCUGCUGUUUAACAGACCAAGAGCUUUGUUUAUUGAUCCUUCCUAGACCUUGGAAGAAAUCAUGAGUUUAUUUCAUGUCAUCUAAUUCAUACAAACUGCUUUUGCAGCUCAUCACUUUUUGUCUCCGGCACCCAGAUAGAAAUGAAGGUUGGGAUGAACUGUACCUCCCUGAACCUUUCACAUUUAUAAUGAACAAAGGCCAAUCAUCAGUAAAGCUGAAUCAUCACUCACCGUGUAUACCGAUCUUGCGGCUGCACCGUGGAAGAAACUUCUAGUUCCGGUAUUGGAGGAAGUCCUUUCUUGACCUGAGUCAAGGGCAGCCUCUGCUUGGUCUCUG